AUGAGAGCCUGGCCAACUCUAAUAGUUUUCGAGUUUUCCAUCACCCUCCUCCUAGUAUCGACGAUCUUUUGCACGAGGUACGGGCGGUCGCGGGACCACGUGAAAACCACGAGUUUAGGUCGAACGACACGACUGCCGAGCACAUGAGCACACUUUGGAGCAACCGCAGCCAGACAAUGUACUCGAACGCGUCGUCGUUGCUCUCCGAUCUCCUGUCCGAUUACGAUAUUCGAUUGAGGCCCGGGUUUGGAGGUUGGUCCCACUGAUCGGUGACUUCUAUGGUCCCUCAUAGACCGGCUCUCAAAUUCCCGCGUCUAUUGAAUUUCGACCGCUCGAUUCGAUUCGAUUCGAUUGUCUUUUCUUCUUUUUUGAGGGGGGGGAGGGGGGCUAGUCGUGUUUUUUGCUCAUCGAGAGGUAUAUAAAUGAAGAAAAACGCCAAGAAAGCCGCUUGAUUGUUUUUCAAAUUGAGUUUAAACAAGCCGCACAUCCACCCUCAACUUCUUCUUUCCCCCAGACAUUUAAUUGGGGAGCUACAUAUUUGAAGGAUUACGGUAGCCCACAAGAGAGGUUAUCUCGGUCAAUUUUGACGAUUUUUCAAGUCUAAAAAAAGGAAUCGAAAGAUAAUUGCAUGCUCUACAACUUUCUAGUUGACCAGUUUUAACGAUUGUGCACACAAAUCGAGAUAUUCGCAAUUUUCAAGGUUUUACACUUUCGAUCAAUUAUUCCAUUUCUUUUCGUAGCCAAAAACGAGAAGCCAAGCUGCGUUUGAAAGUGUUCAACUGCGUGGCUCCUUUCGAUUCCUCGGGGAGCGCUUAUCAAGCGGGCUGUCAGCAAGCUGCUCGAGAAAAAGUAGAAGCUAAAGCUAAAGCUAAAGCUUCGUUUUUGCAGGCGACGCUCUCCUCCUCACCAUGGACAUCAUCAUCGCCUCGUUCGACUCGAUUUCCGAAGUUGAUAUGGUUGGGAAGAGGAAAACGCGUCGAGCGCCACACAAUUGAGCACUUUUUGCAGGAUUACACGCUGACAAUGUACUUGCAUCAGUACUGGACCGACGAGCGGCUACGCUGGUCGAACGAGAUACCGAUUGACGAGAUGACACUCAGCGGAGAGUUCUCGCAGUGAGCUCUGGAGACGUCGAAUUGAUUCGAAAACGAGUUGUGGAUAAUCUAGAGCGCUAUUACUUGGUUUUUCUAGUUGACAACUUUUUUGUACCGCCUUUCCUUAAAGUACUGUAGCGCUUUGAGAUGGGCCCAACUUCCAAGCGCUACAGUUCUUCUGAGAGUGAUUGUAGAAGAAAAUUGUUAAUUGUAAAGUCAAAGUACACGACUAGCACAUUAUUUUUGCAGUUGACCACUUUUCUGAAAAUCCACUCCCUGGACUACUGUAGCUCUUUGAAAGUACUCUUUACAUGGGCGUUGAGAAGCUACAGUACUCUUGAAAUUGUGUUUACAAACAUUUUGUCAACUACAAAAAUGAUGCACUAGUAAUGUACUUUCAUUUUGUAUUUUACACUUUUCCUCUACAAACACUCGUAGAAGUAAUAGGGCGGUUAGAGCAGUUCAAACUUCCGCGAGCUACAGUACGCCAAGGAGAAGCGGUACAAAAAAGUUGUCAACUGACGAAACAAAGUACCAGGUUUGUAGAUGACGCUCAAAAAAUGUCCGAUCAAUCUGACGUCUUCUAUUCGAGUUAUACAAACGCAAAGUUGAACGUACACCUAGCAUCGAACAUUUGCAGACACAUUUGGGUGCCGGACACAUUUCUGGCGAAUGACAAGCACUCGUACCUUCACGAGGUGACCGAACGCAACAAAAUGCUGCGGAUUAAUGUGGACGGGAAGGUGGCGUACGGAAUGCGGCUCACUUCCACACUCAGUUGCUCCAUGAACCUCCGAAACUUUCCGCUCGACUCUCAGAAUUGCACCGUCGAGAUUGAGUCGUGUAAGUGACGGAUUUCAAAAGUGUGAGCGCCGAGACCGAGAAGAGACCAUUUCCAGACGGCUACACAACUUCGGAGGUGCUCAUGAAGUGGAACUAUCCGCUGGCGGUGCACGGAGUCGAACAGGCCGACGUUCCGCAGUUCACCAUCACCGAUUUCCACACGGAAGAUUCGAUCGUCUCGACGGCCACAGGCUCCUAUCAGCGGCUCUCGCUCGUCUUCCAAUUGCGCCGCUCCGUCGGCUACUUCAUCUUCCAGACGUAUCUUCCGUGCGUGCUCAUCGUCAUGCUCUCCUGGGUGUCGUUCUGGAUCAAUCAUGAGGCGACGAGUGCGCGCGUCGCCCUCGGCAUCACCACCGUCCUCACGAUGACCACCAUCUCGACGGGUGUUCGUCAGAGUCUGCCGCGAAUCAGCUAUGUCAAAAGUAUCGACAUUUAUCUCGUCAUGUGCUUCGUCUUCGUCUUUGCCGCUCUUUUGGAGUACGCCGCCGUCAACUACUCGUACUGGGGACGCGAACGUGGCAGUCACGGAGCGGCCAACGAGUGAGUCAACUCGAAAUUUUCGCUAGAGCGCGCACUUCUCUUCAGAUGGCCAGUGAACGGCGCGAAUAAGGAGGAUCGUGAGUCGGCGGUGAACGUGCAGAAAUGGGUGCCCAGCGGGCUGAUGGAUGUGAGUUUUUGACCUUAAAGCAGAGUUGUCACGGGCCGGGCCGGGCCGAAAUUUUCAAAACUCCGGCCCGGUUCAAAAAGCGGGAAUCCAAAUUUUGAACUAUUGAUUAAAUAAAAUGUUUGUUUUUCGUAGAACUAACGAAUUUUGCAAGUAUCGGGCAUAAAAAAGAAAUGUAGUUCUCAAAAAUAGUUUUUAUUGGCAUCAACGCAAAAGUAGCAAUUAAAAAAGAAGAAAAUAAUAACGAUUUUUUUUUGUUGGAAAAAAAUGGCUAAAGAGCGCGCGCGACCGUAAUGUCGGAGUGUCGUAGUUUUUUUUAAAAUUUUGAUCCCCGCAAAAAAAAACGAAAAAAAUAGAUUUCCCCCAAAAAUUUGAAUUCGCGCCUUUUGAGCCGGGCCAGGCCGGCCCGUUAUUUGGCAAGUCUGCCUUAAAGGACCAGGGAACCCAAAAUUGUUUUGAUUUUUUGUGAAAUUUUUUUGUGACUGUUUGAAUUGUCUCUUUUUGCCACUCAUACACUGGUGAAAUGCUGCCUCUCAAAAAUGCCAAUGAACGAAACGGCGUGCAGUUGAAGUUGUGGUCGUGGCCUAGAAAUAUGCGCUUCUCGGCCAUUUUAUUUUUUCCGCUUUUUUACCGGGUUUUUUCCAAAAAAUUAAACGGUUUCUCCCAUUUUUCAGUUGAUUGACAUUUGCUUGGCACUUACUUGUUUUUUCACUGCUAAAAAUUUGUUUUCACGCGAGUUUUUCGAUUUUAUCGCGAAAAAAACCGGUAAAAAAGCGGAAAAAAUAAAAUGGCCGAGAAGCGCAUAUUUCUAGGCCACGGCCACAACUUCAACUGCACGCCGUUUCGUUCAUUGGCAUUUUUGAGAAGAGGCAGCAUUUAACCAGUGUAUGAGGCAAAAAAAAAAUUUCACAAAAAAAUAAAAAAAUUUGAGGGUUCCCUGCUCCUUUAAAAACGGUCCUACAGUAAUCUUGAGGGUUCAGGGAGUUCCACAACCGCAGGACCGACGCGUCGAGGCGUUGGAGGAGGCGAUGAGCAGCACUUCCACCACACACAACAACAACAAUGUGAGCGCGUUUUUUUUGUUGUUUUUCGUGAAAUUCUAGACUCGAAUUUCAACUCUAUAGUUCGAUGCGACGAAGGCGAAAAAGCGCUCGUCGUCGCCGAUUGCGUCGUUGUGCCGUGCGGGCGGCAACACGACGAUCACCGAGGACGCCGAAUCAUCGCCAGACUACCCGAGAUACUCGGCCACUUCUCUGAAGGGCGCACGGCCGCACGCGUCUGUCAACCACCAUCGCGUCGCUCAUUUGAGAGGCUCCUCACAACACACUGCCAGGUUAGCGCUUUUCACUCGACUCGUCAACGUUUUUUAAGCGCGACAGUCGAUUUUGGAGUGGUUGUACACAAAAAUUGUCAACUACAAAAUUGACGUACACGUUUCGACGUGUAUUUUUGUAAUUGAUCACUUUUUUGUACAACCACUUCCUAGAGUACUGUAGCGCUUGGAAGUUAAGGCUCCCAGAGUGCGGGCUAAUUGUGCCCGGACUUUUGUACCGCCUCUCGCUGGGCUACUGUAGCUAUUGUGCCCAACUUCCCGGAGCUACACUACUCCAGGAAAUGGUCGUAGAAAAACGGUGUCAACUGGAAAAGUACGGUAUACAUUGCAGAGCAAAACGGCGCAUGACUCUGGCCCGAAUGAACGUCUCGAUGAAGCAGUCCAUCUCGGGAAUCGGAAGACGUGCCCGAAAAGCGAUCCCGUCGAUUCGGGUCCGUGACGUGAACCUCAUCGACAAGUACUCGCGGGUCGUGUUUCCCGUCUGCUUUGUCGUUUUCAAGUGCGCGCUGUUACGGUAGUAGCUUCCCUCUCAUACACUUUCAUUUUCAGCCUUUUCUACUGGAGCUACUACAUGAUGGUACCGCAAUUAUCAUCCUGA